GCACGGUAAUGCUUACUAAAUGCCAUGUUUUCCAAACGUAAACCUCUAUGAAGGUAGCCGAUGUAAUUCUGCUAAUGAGGGACACAUUUGCGAAACCUGACACCAAGUUGGCAAGGAGCCUAUAACGUUAACGCAACCAGGUCUUAACAGCUAACGCUAGCUAGACGUUAGCUCUGCUACAUGCUUGCGUCUAGUGAUUCUUGAGUGAAAAUGCACCUGAUAAACCGUACCGGCCUUAUUUGAAGAGAUUAAAACAAAGAUGGAAAGGUGAAAAUAACUAUAACUAAGUUAUUGCAGUGCCAACUGCCAGAUAGCUACCAAGCAGACGUAAGUGGCCAAAGUCGCCUGGCAACGUUAGCAUUUUUCAGAAUUGCUAAUGUCAACGUCAGAUAAUGUCACUGCGUAGGUUACCAUUGCGUCAUUUCAUAAUUCGUCCGACGAAAUUGAAGCUACAGAAAUUUCAAAGCGAAGCUCUGACAGCUAAGCUAGCUAGCUUCAUAGUCCUCUCAGACCUGUCAUUUAACACGUUAACAUGCUCUCAGCAAUGUGGAAGUUAGCUAACGUAAGUUGCUAAACUAACCGGUGGGCGUGGUGGUGGCUUCACGUGUUGGCCCGAGCACUGUCAACAGUGCAGCAUGCAACCAUGCUUUCUAUUCAAAGCGAUACAUAACAUUUGAAAAAUUGUAAGAUAAAGCCUUAAAUUGGGUGUCAAGUUGACCUUAAAAGAACUCAGCCAGGCUUUUACAACACAUUACGCGUCUCAGUGUUUCAUAAACUUUAAUAUUAAUGUAAUUUUUAGCUAAAGGUUUAAGAUACUGGUAUCAAAAUGAACUUCGUCAAAGAGAGUAUCGCAUGUAACAUUACAAGGGAACUGCCAAAUUGACUUAAAUGUAUACAGGACAGAACUAAAUGCAACCAGUCACGCAAUGUGUGUAUUUGCAGUAAUCGCUUUAUAUUGUGAGGUUUUAAUAGUUAAUGGAAAGCUGAAUAUGUUUUUAAAGACAGCCUCAUGAGGCAAGUUGUUUUUCUUCUGACAAGUCUCCUUCAUCCUAGUUUGAAAUUGAAAUAUGUUUUUUUUCCAGAUUAUUAGGUUUGUGUUGACAGGCAGGGCCCGGUUUUGUCUGCUGUUUGUGGUUUUGAUAACACAACGUAGCAGUUUGUAGUUUCCAAACGGCCAAACAGAAGAUUAUUUCAGAAUGUCUGUAAUUAAUGUUAACUGUGGAAUGGUUGUCUAUUGGUUGGCUUUAAGACAGCUGCCACAGAAGUUUUCAUAAUUUUGGCAUGGAUAUCAUAUUGGAUGGCAGAUAUGCUGACAUUUCCACUUUCUUUGCCUUGUGCACUGCCUCCAAAAUCUGUGAUGAAGUCACUGAUCUGAGUGUGCUGAAGUUUUCUACAUUACUACGGUAUUCCUGAUGAAUAUUUUUCAUAACCAUUUUUUUUGUCUACUAAUGGGUAUUUUACAUUGUCCAGAGUCUGCCGAAGCCUACCUCUUGACUACAGCAAAUAUUUUGUGGCAGCCAUCUUGUGAUAUGAAAUGAAUAAAAGCAGAAAAUCUUUUCAUGCAAGAAGCCGGAACCAGAAAACGUGUGAUGAGCACUAAGUUGCAGCAAAGCAAUACUACAGACAGUUUCCCCCUUCAUGGCCUUUGGACAACGCAAUGUCUGAUGUGAAAGUCUGUCCCACUGUGAGUGGAAAUCCCCCUCCACCAGAGGUCAUAAAUCCCAAGAAGCCUGGACGUGUAACUAAUCAGCUUCAGUAUCUGGAGAAGGUCGUGAUCAAAGCUUUAUGGAGGCAUCACUUUUCGUGGCCCUUUCGCCAGCCAGUUGAUGCAGUGGCCCUGCAUCUUCCAGAUUAUUAUACAAUUAUUACAAAUCCUAUGGAUCUGAGCACUAUUAAGAAGCGUCUUCAGAACAAAUAUUACUGGCAAGCACUUGAUUGUAUACAAGACUUCAACGCCAUGUUCACCAACUGCUAUGUGUACAAUCGGCCUGGAGAUGACGUUGUUUUUAUGGCACAGACCCUGGAGAAGCUUUUUUUGCACAAAGUGUCCCAAAUGCCUAAGGAAGAGUGUGAAGUUGCAGCAAUCACUACAAAGGAACCAAUGAAAGGGAGACAGACAAAUGCAGGUGCAAUAAAGCAGAGAUCCCUUGUGUCAGAAGUUGUUCUCCAGCAGACAGUGACAGUCAUUCCUCCUGAUGUGCCUCAAUUCAUCCCUCCCAUUCAGCUCUCUGCACAAAUUGAUGCAACAAUUAAAAAAGGUUUUAAGAGGAAAGCAGACCCCUCAACCACCACCACCUCAGUGAUCACCAGCAGUGAGGUAUCCCCUGCUGAGGAUCAUUCAGCACCCUGUACAUUAUUCUCCAGGACAGGCAGUGGGAGGCCCAUCAAACCUCCUAAGAAAGACUUGCCUGUCUUAGAGGGCAAGAAGUUCAGACUGUCUGAGCAGCUCAGGAACUGCAAUGAUAUCCUGAAGGAGAUGCUCUCAAAGAGACACUAUGCAUAUGCAUGGCCCUUUUAUACCCCUGUUGAUGCCGUUGCUUUGGGUUUGCACGACUACCAUGACAUCAUCAAACAGCCUAUGGACCUGAGCACCAUCAGGAACAAAAUGGAUCAACGAGAGUAUGCAAAUGCAAAGGAAUUUGCUGCUGAUGUCCGACUGAUGUUCUCCAACUGUUACAAAUACAAUCCACCUUCGCAUGAGGUGGUCUACAUGGCAAGAAAACUGCAGGAAGUUUUUGAGGCGCGAUAUCUGAAGGUUCCCCAAGAAGCAGAGGGUUGUUCCACACCUUGUCAGCAAGUUGACAUGAGAAAAGCAGACAGAGUUGGAAGUCUAUCAACCUCAGCAAGUUCUGAAAGUGAAAGCUCCUCAGAGGCAGAGAGUCCGUCAGAAGAGGUGGCCAUGCAGCUGGCCAAUCUAGAGGAGCGGUUGAAAGCUGUCAGUGAUCAGCUGAAGAGACUUACCCAAGAGCCCCUGAUGAAACAAAAGAAGAAAGACAAGUUGAAAAAAGAAAAAAGAGCCAAAGAAAAGGAUAUCGCUAGACUAAAGCAGAAAUCCUCAAAAUACAAAUCUAUUGUAGAAAAAAUGGCCAACAGCAAGAACUCUACUUUGCAUGGCAACAGACACAAUAUUCAUGAAGUACCUUUAAAAUGUGAGGAUGAGGUCCCAUCAAUACCAGUGACUUACCAGGAGAAGAAGCAGUUGAAAUUGGACAUCGAUAAACUGCCUGGUGACAAACUGGGCAAGUUGGUGAACAUCAUUCAUGCCAGGGAGUCCUGUCUGCGAGAUUCCACUCUAGAGGAGAUUGAGGUUGACUUUGAAAUGCUCAAGCCUUCCACCCUGAGAGCCCUGCAGAGGUUUGUUGCGACAUGUCUGGGGAAAUGCAACAAGAACGUCAGCAAAAAAAAGCUGGUGAAGCCCACAGGAGAAAAGCAUACUGGGAAACUAAAGGAUGCUGGGAGAUCUCAGGUUGCCAGUAAAGAGCAGCACUUGAUUAAGAAAAAAAAGCCAGUAGCUAAAGUCAUGGCGUCUCCUGACUUCAGCUACCCUUCACACCUCAGUGACAGUAGCAGCAGCAGCAGCAGCUCGUCAUCCAGCUCUGACAGCAGCAGCAGCAGCAGCAGCAGCAGCAGCAGCAGUAGUCAUCCUAGCACUUCUGAUAGCAGUGACUCUGAAUCAGUGCCAAAAACAAAGAAGCAGAAAAGUAAAGACUCUUGCCAAAAGGUUAAGACGAAGCCAAAGGUGACUCGUGCUGCCUGUAGUAAGCAGAUAUUGGAGUCAAAAGAAUUGACAAAAGCCUCAGUCAAGACUUGUCAGCCUCCUCUUGCUGUGCAGCCCUCGGUAGCAGAAACCAAAGGCCACCCAACACAUCAUGAUGCAGACCCGACCUGUGAUGAGCUGACUUUAUCACCUCCAGAUUUGUCUGCCCUUUUAUCCCCCAUGGCAUCUCCAGGAGUUUUGCUGGACUGGGCUGCCGCCAGAUUUGAGCAGGGCCCAGUGCUGUCCCCUCUGAGAGACAGCCCACUGCAGCCCAAAGAUGAGACGAGGUCCAAUUUCAGAUACCCUGAGGAUUUUCCUGACAGUGAGGUGACUGAUGUGCCUUACACCAACACAGCAAGUAAAUCUGGUGAAGAAGAAAAACCCCAAAUUCCCAAAAAGGACAUUGUUCUGAAAAAUGCAGAGUCUUGGGCGAGACUGGCGAGGCAGUCAGUUACUCCAACUGCAAUCAAGUCCUCAAAGGAGAGCUUCCAUCAGUUCCGUAAGGCUGCCAUAGAAAAGGAAGAACGAGAAAAAGCACUGAAGAAAAAACAGAUGGAAGGAAACAAGGAGAGGGAGGCUCCUGAAUCAAGCAGCUUACCAGGCCCAUGUAAAGCAGCAACAAAUCCACAAAUUAUUGAAGAGAAUCCUGAUUCACCAGAAAGCAUUUGCACAGAGGCUACCUUAGAUGCCCCUAAAGAUGUUGAGCAGCAAAAGCCAAAGUCUCCCAUAGAAACACAACCUCUAACUACGCAGUCGUUGGUGGAUAGGGAAAGAGAGAUGGCCCGCAAAAAGGAGCAAGAACGUCGCAGGCGAGAGGCUAUGUCUGGUAUUGACAUGACUAUGCAGCGGGACAUCAUGACUACAUUUGAGCUUAACCUGGACUAAAAGGCAACUGGGAUUUACUUGAAAAACUAGCCCUCUGUGUAGGACUUCUGUGUGUCGUCUCAGUGAAGAACUUAAGCUGUUGGUUAUUUCUCUGGCGCAAAAGACAACUUCACAUCAACCUUAUGUAUGUUCUUGAGACUAAAAAAUAAAAUGGUAAUUGUGAAAAAAAACCACUCAAAAUAUAAAUGGGUCUUGCUCUUAAUUUGUAUUUGAAAUGGUUGGUAAAUGUCUGCACUGAUAUACUCUUGAAUUUGAGAUGAUUGGGGUGAGGCACUGUCAAAAUUCAACCCUAAAUCUAAUCUUUCAUGCAUGUUUUUCUGUUCUUGUCACUUUUGGAUAUGUCCACCUAGAGCUGACAGUUGUGUAUGACAAGCUAAUUAAUGCAUCCAUACACUGUAGUUAAAAUGCCACCUUGUUGUCUUGUUUGCUGAAAUGUGCAGUGUUGUUUGGUUCUUCUAUAAAGUUAUCCCGUUUGAUGGACACUUACCUUCAUGUUUGUUUAUCCUCAUUUAAAGUAUACUAAAUGCAGACAAAACGCUGGUUUAUGUAUGUAUGUGUUACCUGCACGCAUGACUUUUUUUCCUUUAGAAAACAUUCUUGCACAAAAGUAAAUAAAAAAUUUUGAACAAAAGCUUGGAAGGUCCUCGCCAAAGUUUCCAAUGUGGAAUUGAAUUUAAUAAUCGGUUCCUUAUUUGCUUAACCACUUAAAAAUGGCAUACAUUGUGUUAACUGUACACACACUGCACUUUAUUGUUCAUUCAAUUCUGGAUGUUCCAAAGUUGUUUUUGGAGAUUAUCAGCAUAUUUUGUAUGUUACAGUUUGUAGAUGCUAAAUAAAUAAGAAUUUCUUUCUUUUUUUCUUACUCAAAAUAAUAAAGCUAUUUUCA